GACUGGAAGUUGAAAGGUAUCGACGUGGCUUCUUAUACCGUGGCAGAUCUUGUGCUGGUAUUCAGUACAAAGUGGUCUCUUCGACUUGCCAAUACUAUCGGCCUGGUGAAGCUUGUGACUUUGGUAUUUAUUAGAAUAACUGGCCUGGUGGUUCUUGAAGAUCACAUCUCAGUGAAGGAUCCCUCGGCAAAUUUCCGCAGCGCCUUUGCGGGUACUUCGUCGGCCACCACGUACGGGGUUACCAAUGCUCUCACAAAGGUCGUCUCCUCUUAUAUGGGAUACGAGAAUGCAUUCAAUGUCGUCAAUGAAGUCAAGAACCCGACAAAAACACUACAAUGGAGUGCUCCGUUGUCAUUGGUUACGGCAACCCUUUAUGUUCUUGCUAAUAUUGCAUACUUUUCGUGUGCAAGCAAGCAAGAGAUCCUGGACUCAAAAGUAGUUGCAGCUGGUUUGUUUUUCGAGAAGGUAUUUGGCACUGGAGGUGCCGCCUCAGCAGUGAACUUCUGGAUUUGUCUGAGUGCAUUCGGAAAUCUCCUUGCCGUUCUGAUCGGGCAAUUCCGUAUGCUGAGGGAAUGUGGAAGGCAAGGCGUACUUCCGUUACUACAUUUUGGACCUCGACGAAAACCAUUUGGGACGCCCCUAGGGCCCUAUGUCGUCAAAUGGGCGUUCACAAUUUUGAUGAUCCUCGCUCCCCCUGCUGGGGAUGCAUUCAACUUUAUUGUCGAUAUUGCUAUUUACCCGGUGGCAUUCUUUGGCACUCUUCUCGGGGUUGGAUUAGUGAUUACGCGAUAUCGCCGUGCGCGUCUUGGCGUACCAUCUCCAGACUAUAGAGCCUGGCCCAUCACCAUUGUGUUUUCAAUUUUUUCUUAA